AUGCUUGACUCUAAUUCAUCUGAACGCCGACAAGAUCUUUUUCAAACAAGUACUGGUGUUGGUCAUCAAUAUCGGCCAGGAUAUUAUUUCCCUUCAACCAAUUUCAAGCGGGCUUUUACCGAUCCAUUACCAAAUCGACUACGUGCUCCUGAUGAAAUUACACCUCAAGAACAUUUUAAAACAACUAAUGCUGCUUUUUAUGACAAUAAAUAUCCGCAACAAGAAGUAUACAAUGAUCAAGUGAAUAUGCAUAGAAAGGCACCGGCCUUAUAUAAAGUAAAUUACAUGAGUGAUUUCGUGGAAAAACUUAAAGCUCACGGAUGGAGUCGUCCAUUAUCAAUGUCUCAUCAGAAAAGUGAAUACAAGGAAGAAUUCGAUAUGAAGCCAAAUAUGAAAUCAGAAUUAGAUCGUAUUGAUGGGCAGUUGCCUUAUUUAACACAACCUGAAGCACCUGUGACUAAAGCUAUACGUGAAGAUGGACGACCAACAAGACCAGUAACAGUUGCUCGUACAUGGGAUCCGUCGGAGCAAGGUGUAUUUACACUUCUUGAUCCUUAUUUAACAACAUAUAAUAAAGAACAUCGUCGAUGGAGAAAGGAUGAAUGGCAAGGUAUUGGUAAAAAAGAUCCAUUAUCUUAUUGGGACGCUGAAGAAUAUCCUAAAGCCUGGGGCUAUGGUAAUGCACAAAAUCCAUUACCUAUAGAUAGUGUUGAACGUGAACAAUUACCAAUGCGUGACGCAAUUUGGUUUUCAACACCAACAAAAGUUCGACAAGUUCAUCAACCAGCACGUUUCAUUCCUCAUGCUGGCCUUACAACUGAAACUCGCGAACAGUUCGUGACUCCGAGUCAUAUCAAUGCUAAAGAUACGAAAUAUUGCCCAAUCGAUACUCCAUAUGUUCAACCAAUGCCAAGUUCAACAUCAGCGUAUGCUACACCGUCUAUGUAUCGAACUGACUCAAUGAACUAUGGUAGUGAGAAACCAGUCACUUUAUCUGGACUAUAA